GUAGUCGACGGUACAGUACUGUACAUACAGUUUGUUUUGGGAAAUUCUUUUCACUUGUUAAUUACUUAGUAAAAACUACGUAAUUUGUAUGGUUUCAGUUGUUUGGUGUCUUUGCGAUUUGUCUUUUAUUUUUAUCUUGCGUGAGUAUGUAUUCUUCGUCUCUCUCAGUCUUUGGACUGGAAGUCGACAUGUAUCGCUGGUAAACAGUACGUGAUAGUUCUUCCUAACCAACGACUGGCAACAAGUGAAAUCGUUCACUUUAAUCCGUUAAUCGUGCUGGUGAUGUUCGACUCGGACGUCUGGCGCUGGGGCGCCGUGGACGUGAAGGGAAGCGACGGACUGAUCCGUCGCGGCAUGAUUCGCGACCUCGAUCCCUACUGGGGGAUGACCGUGGAUUUCGAUUAUCCCGACCACCACGCUGACGUUGUGCCGUUCAGUCGCUGCGUUACACUGGCCAGUACGGGCACCUACACCGCGGGAGACGCCGUGGAAGUGCUGCUGCGACACUCUCCGCAGCAGCCCUGGUGCUGGCAUGCCGCCACACUCCUGGCGGGAUCGUGGAACACGUACGCCUUUGUGGAGGUGAAACAGGGAGAGGAGACGCUGCGGGAGGUGCUGGCGCUGGAGCGCGUGCGGGCGGUAGCGCCUCGCGUUCCUCUGCGCUGGAAAGAUAAAUUCCACAAGUAUGAAGUGGACCUGCCGAAGAACUCGGGAUUGUUGGCUGUUACGAAGGAAGAUGGAUUCUGGCAGAGGUGGAACGACGUGACGGGAACCAGGGGUGUGAAAAUCGAUGGGGAGAAGCUGGUGUAUAUUUCUGCGGCGAGAAGAGCCAUGACCAAGCUAGAGUGUACACAAGAGCUCCACCGCUUGACAAAUCCACCAGCCGGUCGAGGAAUGAAACGGACCGCGAACGAUGAAAACAUUCCUAGCCCCAACACAUUACGCCAAUUCACACUGGGUGACUUUUGGCCUUCUUUCAAAGCCUUGGAUGCACCUCCGCCCUGCAUUAAUACUGAUUUACCCCCGGAAAUGUUAUCCAGGAUCUUCUCUUUCCUCGACAUGGACGAGCAGAUAAAAUCUCGCCGGGUGUGUCACACCUGGAACACCAUGUUGAAUUCCAGCCCGAUCUCCCUGCGCGCUCAAAUUGAUGUGACCAACUGUACGGACCGGAUGCUUGCUACCAUCCUGCACAAAACCGUUACGGAAUCCACUAAGAUUUUGGUUCUAACUGGGCGCUUCGAAGGAUAUGAUAAGUUUUCCCAGAAGGCCCAUGCUCCUUUUCGCACUGCUAUGGAUAUGCUGAAAGCGAAGCAAAUCAAACUGUCCUGCAUUGUGAUUUCCGGGCGAGCGGUCUGGGCGGACGAUCUGUUGGAUUAUUCCGACCGGCAGACGCUGAAAUUUCGUACUGGCUGGCGCGAUGUGUGUGAGAAGCUUGUGCUGGAGAAGGUGGGAAUUCACGCGCUGUGCGAGGCCCAGGAUCGUUGUAAUGCGGGGUACGGAUUGGAUCGAGACGCAGACUGGGAGCGCUAUGGUACGCAGUCAGAGGAGGGCGUGAUGGUCAGUCGCGCCACUGUGCGUAUGGAUGGACGACACGAGCUGGGGACGUUGCUGGACCUUUUAGAAGAAUCGAGUAAGGAGGUGGAAAAUACCGAAAGGGCGCUGGUCGAAAAGAAGCUGCAUGCGGAUUAUGGGAAAUGCAACCAGAAGAAACGCGAACACCUGCUCAGUGUGCUAAAGAAAUGGCAGAUUGGGGAUGCACGUUUCCGACCUGACGUGACAUGGUCCCAGUUGGAUUUUCGUGCACUGGAUGUGUCGUCCUUGCGAAAAUUGACAGUGGCAGCGCUCCUGUACCGUACUUACAUUCCCGCUGACGACGAGGAAGAUGAAAGCGGUCCGGACGGUAUUCACAUUCCGUGGCAGGAUCGUUACAGAGUGAUGUGUGGCUUGGAGUAUGACGAUGACGCGCACUGGGAUGCGGACGAGAUAGAAGCAGACAGCGAUGACUCAGGUGGAAUGCCGGGAUGGUGGGAUGACGGAUGGGAUCCGCGGAUGAUGCAUAUGAAUCAUCAGUAGGCGAUAAGAACGGAAACAAAAGCUGAAACUCAAAGAUAAUUUUUGUUCUUUUGUUUGUUUUCUAGUCUGUUGACAUUGUUGUAUAAAGCAUAGAAGAUGAUGUUCUUAUGUUUUUGCGUUUUCUGACAAUUCGGUAACAUGGUUUUUUGUUAAUAACUUAUUAUUGUACAGUCUACCGAAUUUUUCAGGACCGGUUGGUCGUGAUACUGAAAUAAGCUUCGCAACUUUUAA